UCUUCUCACAAUACGGCAAUUUUGAGCAGUUCGAGAUCCAAUCUUUACACCCCUGACAAUCGCUAUAAUCCGUUUUCUAUCCUCGCUACUCUCGCCUGUAGUUUACACACACACACACACACACACGUAUAUAUAUAUAUAUAUCGAAGUAAUAUUUAUAUCCGUAUCAGAUAGUAGGGCGUUCUUAGUGUUUAUGUCGUUAUACCGUUUAUCUUCUUCUUCUUCAUCUCGCGCGUAAUAAAAAUGGGGGCCAUGUCGUUGACUUCAAGUCUCGUCUUGAGCUUUUCAUCUGAUAACUCUCGUCUCUUUCCAUGUGUAUUCUCUCGCUCUAAAUUUAACGCCUCGCGAAUCUUCACCAUGAAAUGUGGAGGGCCGAGGAUUCGAAUUUCUUCCAACCGUGGAUUUCGAGUUUAUGGCGAACAGAAAAUUGAGGAAAAGCAGGUAAGGAAGUGUUCGCCACUCUUAGAAAGGUUAUCACUGUCAAGUAAUGGUGCUUUAGCCUCUGAAGACUUGAAAGCAAUUCCCGACAUUUGGAGGUAUUCAGCAGACAAGUAUGGUGAUCGGGUGGCGUUGGUCGAUCCGUACCAUGAUCCACCUUCACGUAUGACUUAUAAAGAGUUGGAGCAGGAAAUCUUGAACUUCGCUGAAGGUUUGAGAGUUGUUGGACUUAAGCCAGAUGAGAAGAUUGCACUCUUUGCUGACAAUUCCUGUCGGUGGCUUGUUGCAGAUCAAGGUACCUGUACGAUGGCGACUGGAGCAGUUAAUGUGGUGAGGGGAUCAGGAUCAGCUGUUGAGGAGUAUUGUCAUUACUACAGUGUUGCGUUAGCUGUGGACAAUCCUGAAUUUUUCAACCGGAUUGCAGAAACAUUCUAUUCCAACUCAGAUAUGAGAUUUGUGAUUCUGCUUUGGGGAGAGAAGUCAUUAUUGGCUAGUGAUGGAAAAGGGAUCCCUGUUUUUAGCUACAAAGAGAUAAUUGAUUUAGGACGAGAGAGCCGUAGGGCUUUAUUGGAGUUUCAUAAUGUUGGGAAACACUGUGUGUAUGAAACCAUCAGCUCUGAUGAUAUUGCUACACUUGUCUAUACUAGUGGAACAACUGGCAAUCCAAAAGGUGUUAUGCUUACGCAUAAGAAUCUAUUACACCAGGUAAGGAAUUUGCAUGAAUAUGUACCUGCUGUAGCUGGGGAUAGAUUUCUUAGCAUGCUUCCAUCUUGGCAUGCAUAUGAACGAGCUUGCGAAUAUUUCAUAUUUACGCAUGGAAUUGAGCAAGUCUACACAACUGUGAGAUAUUUGAAGGAUGAUCUGCGGCAUUAUCAACCUCAUUACAUGAUAUCUGUUCCUUUAGUAUAUGAGACACUCUACAGUGGGAUUCAGAGACAAAUUUCUACAAGUUCCGCUGCUCGCAGAUUUGUGGCACUUACGCUGAUAGGAGUCAGCUUAACAUACAUGGAGUUCAAGAGAAUUUAUGAGGGUUUUUAUUUGACGAGGAAUCAGAAGCAACCGUCGUAUCUUGUUUCCGUGGUGGAUUGGUUAUGGACAAGAUUGAUUACAGCGAUAUUGUGGCCCAUACAUAUGUUAGCCAAGACACUUGUCUACAGCAAAAUUCAUUCUGCAAUUGGGAUAUCAAAGGCUGGCAUAAGUGGAGGUGGUAGCUUGCCGUUGCAUGUUGACAAGUUCUUUGAGGCAAUUGGUGUGACAGUGCAGAAUGGGUAUGGCUUAACAGAGACUUCCCCUGUUCUUGCUGCCCGACGGCUGAAUUGCAAUCAUCACAUGUUACUGAGAGCAAUCAUGAAACAUCCGAUUACAAAAUUUCCAGGUUUAGUUAGAGAAUAUUUUCAUAUGCACUGGUCACUGAUGUCUCUUCGAGUCAUGACUUCUGCCUGCUAUAAUUAUAUGUUUAUCUGUGAGCACGUGUGUUGUAUGUGUAUAUUUGUAUCAAAUUGGUUAUUAUCAAGUUAUGGAUUUGUGUUAGUGCUUCAUCAGAAUCUAUCGGCAACAAAGCAAGUUUUAGGUGAGGAUGGUUGGUUCAAUACUGGUGAUAUUGGUUGGAUUGCUCCUCAUCAUUCAACAGGGCGAAGUCGUCGCUGUGGAGGUCUUAUUGUUCUUGAAGGUCGUGCAAAGGACACAAUUGUACUCUCAACUGGUGAAAAUGUUGAACCAUUAGAGCUUGAAGAAGCUGCAAUGAGAAGUUCUUUGAUUCAACAGAUUGUUGUUAUUGGCCAGGAUCAACGACGCUUGGGAGCUAUCAUUGUUCCAAACACGGAAGAGGCAUUGGUGGCAGCAAAAAGGUUAUCAAUUGUGGAUGCUGAAUCUUCUGAAGUAAGCAAAGAAACACUUACCAACCUGCUCUAUGAGGAGCUGAGGAAAUGGACAUCGGAAUGUACAUUUCAGAUUGGACCUAUCCUUAUUGUGGAUGAAACUUUUACGAUUGAUAGCGGCUUAAUGACACCAACCAUGAAAAUCCGAAGGGAUAAAGUGGCAGAAAAAUACAAAGAGGAAAUAGCAAGAAUGUACAAGUAAAAUUUCCCCAUGAAGUGGGAUUUUACCAUCUAUUGUAUAGUCUAAUAGUGCAUAAAGAUAUUGUGUUACAACCACAGCCAGGGCUCCCGGGUAGUAUUAUGUAAAAUUCAUGGAGGGAAUAUAGUCAAAAUGUAAUACAACUCAGGCUCAUCAUGUUGUCUUGUGACUAGUCCCCUAAAAUUGGUUGAAGCAAAGAAAUGAGAUGCCCCCAUACUGUUUCCUGCUC